CUGAUGCUGCCUCUUUGGCAAGAGGAUAGAGAAGCAGGGAUAGAAGGGGAAGAAGGGAUUGUCAUCUCCAGGAUCCCGUAUCUGACAUACACACACUCCCUUUAUCAUAGAGAGGGACACUUCUAGAUAGAAGGACCAGCAGAGAUGCCUCUCUUUACCUCUAACCCGUUUGAUCCUGAUGUAGAGAAAGCUACCAGUGAGCUCAACACAGCUGAGGACUGGGGCCUUAUACUGGAUCUGUGCGACAAAGUUGGGCAGUCGCGGACGGGGCCAAAAGAUUGUCUCCGCUCGAUUAUGAAGAGAGUAAACCACAAGGAUCCUCAUGUGGCCAUGCAAGCGCUAACACUGCUGGGUGCGUGUGUCUCAAACUGCGGCAAAAUAUUUCACCUAGAAGUGUGUUCCAGAGAUUUUGCGAGUGAAGUUAGCAGUGUUUUGAAUAAGGGACACCCGAAGGUCUGUGAAAAGUUAAAAGCCCUAAUGGUUGAAUGGGCAGAUGAAUUCAAGAAUGACCCUCAGCUUAGUUUAAUAGCGGCCAUGAUAAAGAAUCUUAAAGAGCAAGGAGUAACCUUUCCAGCUAUUGGAUCACAGGCGGCCGAACAAGCUAAAGCUAGCCCUGCCCUAGUAACCAAAGAUCCGGGAACGGUUGCAACUAAAAAGGAAGAAGAGGAUCUUGCAAAAGCUAUUGAAUUGUCCCUUAAAGAGCAAAAGCAACAAGGCACAACGUCUAGUCUGUACCCGAGCACAAGCUUCCUAACCAGUCACAAGUCCGAGGGCCGGAAAGUCCAGGCCAUAUACGACUUUGAAGCUGCUGAAGACAAUGAGCUAACGUUUAAAGCGGGUGAUAUAGUCACUGUUCUGGAUGACAGUGACCCAAACUGGUGGAAAGGCGAAACUCAAGAUGGAAUUGGGUUAUUUCCUUCUAAUUUUGUCACAGCUGAUCUUACUGCAGAAGUAGAUAUGAUGAAGAGCGAAAAGAAGACGGUACAGUUCAGUGAUGAAGUGCAGGUGGAAACCAUAGAACCGGAACCUGAGCCGGUUUACAUUGAUGAGGAUAAAAUGGACCAGUUGCUACAGAUGCUUCAAAGUGCAAAUCCUACUGAUGGCUUACCAGACCCAGCAGACCUGCUUCAUCUAGAAGCUGCCUGUCAUCAAAUGGGACCAUUAAUCGAUGAAAAACUGGAAGAUAUUGACAGGAGGCACUCCGAAUUAUCUGAACUAAAUGUUAAAGUAAUGGAGGCUCUUUCAUUAUACACGAAAUUAAUGAAUGAUGACCCCAUGUAUUCUAUGUACGCGAAGAUGCAGAACCAACAGUAUUAUAUGCAAAGUGCAGGAGUCCCUGCUCAGCAGCCAUAUCAAGGACAGCAUCCGAAUGCCACCUACCUUGUUACCGGGAACGCACAGAUGGGCCACAUACAGACCUACCCGAUCCCUCCAGAUCAACUUCCUUCGAUAAAUCAAGUGACACAUCCUGUAAAUGCAGAAAUCCCCGGCCCGUCACCUCAAGCUGCCUAUAAUGCCUCAGUAGUCCAUUCAGCGUCAGGAAGCACGUACAUCAAUCAGCCGGCUGCCGGAUACAGCCAAAGUCCUGCUGCUGCCGUUGAUCUUGGUGCUUAUCAGACUGGUAACGUAACUUCGGAGGCUCCAAGCUAUACAGUAACCUCUUCAGCUCCUUCAACCAGUCAAGACCAACAACAGAGUUAUCCACAGAAAGCUCUUCUAUAGGCGCAUGGAUUGCGAACUGCGUGCUCUGGGUACCGGAGGGGUGCACUAGUGCUCCUUUGCGCUCAACUGGUUAGCGUCCUAAGAAAACCCACAAUGUGACCGCUCCUUUUAUCUAAAUCUGGCAUUUCAUUUUUUUAAUGGUCCUAUGCAGACUAGGUAGAUAUAUAAUAUAUAUAUAUAGGUCCUACCAGUAUUUUAUUUCUAUUUUAGUAUAGUAAAUACCUAAAACCCGUCGCCGCUGCUUGUGUUUGGCCAAUGGUUUCCUAUGGCGGUUGUGUCAGACAGGUUCUAAUGCGGCAUGCCCAAUGAUAUCACAAGUAAUUCCUCAACUCACCGAGCUCCGAUAUUUACAACUUCAGCUAAACUGUUUGUUCUGCAAACCAAUAAAGAUGCCUGGAGCAGCCAUUUAACUUAAGAUUAAUAGUGAUUAGUUCUGUGUAGCAGUGUAAGUGUGUGCACCAUCUCCUUUAUGGUCCUGUGGUUGAAGACACAUUUUGUUAAAGUGUUGCUGAACAAAAAUGAAAGAAACAAUUGGUUUUUCCAGAGCAGGAAACAUAUCAUGAAGAUUCUAAUCUAAAUACAUCUAAAGUUUGUGUGUUCCCGGGCAGGGGUGGAAUUCUCCAUAUAGCGUGAUUUAUCCAGAGUGACCCGUUUUCCAUUUACGGCCAACAUGCUCGUGCCUUGCCUUUAAUUCCUUUCUGCCGCAACCUUUCCACGUCUUGAUGGUAGCCUGAGAUAUAAACCUUAUUCUUUAUUGUUUCGUUAGGCCAGCUGGGAGAUGUGAUGCCAAAGAGUGAGUUGAGUGAGCAUGGACUGACCUUUUAUAGGUAACAAGAAAGA